GUGGUUGUGGUGGUGGUAUCGGUGGUGCUUAUGGUGGUUGUGGUGGCAUCGGUGGUGCUUAUGAUGGUGGUUGUGGUGGCAUCGGUGAUGCUUAUGGUGGUUGUGGUAACAUCGGUGAUGCCGCCCAUGGUGGCCUUAGCGGUGGCCCCGCUGGUGCCGAUGACGCUGCCGGCGGUGCUGAUGAAGCAGCGGACGAUUGCGGCGCUGGUGGCGGCAGCCUUGACGGUCGCGUCGCUUUGUCCGGCGGCGCUCGCCGUCUUGCCGCCGGUGCGAGCGUCACCGCUGGCGGCAUCCCGUCCGGUGUCGCCGCUCGGAGCGUGGACAACCCUGUUCCCCUUAGCAUGGACAACCCUGUUCCCCAUAGCGUCGUCAACCCUGUUCCCCAUAGCGUCGUCAACCCUGUUCCCCUUAGCAUGGACAACCCUGUUCCCCAUAGCGUCGUCAACCCUGUUCCCCAUAGCGUGGGCAACCCUGUUCCCCUUAGCGUCGUCAACCCUGUUCCCCAUAGCGUGGACAACCCUGUUCCCCUUAGCGUCGUCAACCCUGUUCCCUAUAGCGUGGACAACCCUGUUCCCCAUAGCGUGGACAACCCUGUUCCCCAUAGCGUCGUCAACCCUGUUCCCCAUAGCGUGGACAACCCUGUUCCCCAUAGCGUGGACAACCCUGUUCCCCAUAGCGUGGACAACCCUGUUCCCCAUAGCGUCGUCAACCCUGUUCCCCAUAGCGUGGACAACCCUGUUCCCCAUAGCGUCGUCAACCCUGUUCCCCAUAGCGUGGACAACCCUGUUCCCCUUAGCAUCGUCAGUGUCGCCGCUCGCUGCGUCGGCGGUUGCACUUCUCGUAGAGCCGGCAGUAGUGCUGCUCCAGCUGUCGGGAAUUGUACUGAUCGUACUGCGCACAGCGUCACAAGUAGUACAGCUCAUAGCGUCACCGAUAGUGCUGCUCAUAGCGUCACCAAUAGUGCUGCUCAUAGCAUCACCAAUAGUGCUGCUCAUAGCAUCACCAAUAGUACUGCCCACAGCGUCACCAAUAGUACUGCUCAUAGCGUCACCGAUAGUCUUGCUCACAGCGUCACCAAUAGUCUUGCUCACAGCGUCACCGAUAGCGCUGCUCACAGCACCAGCAACGCGGCUCUUCGCACCACGAGGCUCGCCGCCGUCGCCACCCCCGCGCCGGCGGAGUCCGGCGGCCUGGGCUACCGCGUCGUUAUGAGCCUCACCCGCUCCUACUGGCACCGCAACCACCACCUCUACUUCGACCGCUACUUCUCCUCGCCGGCGCUGCUCGAGGACCUGCGCUCCCGCUGCGGCACCUACGCCUGCGGCACCGUCAGCCUGAGCCGCCGGGGCCUGCCGCCGCCCGCCCGGGAGGUCGCGUCGCUCCUCCGCCACCGCGGCGACUUCGCGUUCUUCCAGAAGGGCGGCCUCGUGCUGUCGGUGUGGCGUGACAAGCGCGUGGUGGCGACGCUCUCCACCAACCAGGACCCUCGCAUGGUGCGCCCCGUGGACGAGGGUCCCAUCAAGCCGGCGCCCGUGGUGCACUACAAUAGGUUCAUGGGCGGCGUCGACCGCUCGGACCAGUACCGGAGCUACUACGCGGUGGGGCGCGCCUCCAAGAAGUGGUGGCGCUACAUCGUGUGGUUCCUGCUCAACCUGAGCAUCGUCAACGCCUGGCUGCUCUACCGCGAGUCCCCGCACGAACCUCCCAUGCCCAAGAAUUACGACCACUUCCAGUUCCGCGUCGACCUGGCGGAGCAGCUGCGUGGAGGUCACCGACGCAUGGGGCACCACAAGGGCAAGCGCUCACGCCAGGUGGUGUCCUACGUGAGCGCCGAGAACAUGUCAGCGCACCAGCUGGUCCGCACCGCCCGCGGCAAGAAGGUGUGUCGCCUGUGCUCCCGGCACGGCCGCAAGACGCGCGCCGGGCGCCAGGUGCAGACGUCGUUCGGCUGCGGAAUCUGCGACGUGCCGCUGUGCCGCUUCGGCUGCUUCCGGGACUUCCACCAGGUGUGAAGAAGGGGGCUCGCAGGGGGAAUGAGUUGACGGUCGGCGGGUGGAGCGAGUGACGGGCUCGCAGGGGAAUGAGUUGAUGGUCGACGCGCGGAGAGAUGAGGUGAAUGAAAGAGAUGACAGGAAGCGGUGGGGGUGAAUCUGUGGUGAUGCGUGAAUUCAGUGAAAGUGAAAUUGAUGACGGCAAAUGAUGAUGAAUGGAUUGGUAUGAAUGGGAGGAAUGAGUCAUGGCCAUGAAUAUAAAGAGGGAACAGUAACCUGUCGGUGAUUAUGAGGGGGGAGAUUAAGGAGGUGGUCGUGGGGUGAGCAAGGGAAAAGAAGUGAGUUUUGAGUGAGGAGCGGAAACCAGAGAGCGGAGGUGACUCCUGAAACAGAGCCUUGAGACUUGGUGUAAAUUAUAAUGUGCGAAUUAAAAUUGGUGAAUUAGAAUUUUUUAAGUAUCAUUUAAGUUGUAAAGUAUCAUUUAAUCUGUAAAUUAUGAUUUGUGAAUUACAAUUUGUGAACUAUAAUCUGUGAAUUAUAAUUUGCACUUCAUAGGCCCGUGCGUAAUCCACUAUUGGGGUGAAGGUGUCCCCAUGGGUGUCGGUUAUGGGAGUCGUUUGACCAUACUUCACCACGCUGGUCAGUACGGGGUUGGUGAAGGGGGUGGGUGCCCACCACGGCCAGUUCAGAUAUCACUCCGCCACUGAUGUUAGCCAUGGAAGUGACGCGGGGGUGCCGCAGUGGUGAACAGGAGGUCGUGGGUUCGAUCCCGAUCCUUGACGCGCCUGUUGUAUAUUUACAGUUUUCACGUCUCUCUCUCUCCCUGAGGUCGUGUGGAUUUUUCUCCGGGCCCUCCGGGUUUUUCUCUGGGUCCUCCGGGUUUUCCCCCUCCACAUUUAGAAUCAACAGCAUGGCGUUUAGAGUAUUUGACUGCUGUAACUUUCCAUUCGAUAAACCGCUCUGUUGAGCCAUCAUUUGUGAUCGCCAGGGUCGCUCCUGAAAAAAAAAACAGCUACACAGCUGAGUUGGGCCCUUACCUUGUAAAAUAAAAAGUCCAACUCAUUGCCGCUGGGCUCGUAGAAAAAGUCCGCCAGCCCUACGCUAUUGUUUAAGUCAAUUACACGAAUACAUUUUUCUUAUUUAAUGACCACGGAGGGGGUGGUGAUAACGACUGUGGAUGUUUAUGAUGAUUGAUGGUGAUGACGGUAAAUGAGGAUAAUGAGCUGAGACGACCCCCUACCAGGAUCUGAACUCUAAACCCCUUGCAAAUGUUUUCAGCCAGCCCGCUUGCUCUCUCUCUCUCGCUCUCUCUCCCUCUAAGGGAGACUUGUAAUGGCCGCGUCGGAGCGUUCAGCCGACACUGCCAAUACCCUGGGUUCGAGUCCAGGAUAUCGAGACGGUAUUACCAAUACCCUGUAUUCGAGUCCAGGAUAUUGAACUUUGGCAGCCAAUAUCCUGUGUUCAAGUCCAGGAUAUUGAGCCGGCAAGGCCAAUACCCUAUGUUCGAGUCCAGGAUAUUGAGCCGGCAAGGCCAAUAUCCUGUGUUCGAGUCCAGGAUAUUGAGCCGGCAAGGCCAAUACCCUGUGUUCGAUUCCAGGAUAUUGAGCCGGCAAGGCCAAUACCCUAUGUUCGAGUCCAGGAUAUUGAGCCGGCAUGGCCAAUACCCUGUGUUCGAGUCCAGAAUAUUGAGCCGGCAAGGCCAAUACCCUGUGUUCGAGUCCAGGAUAUUGAGCCGGCAAGGCCAAUACCCUGUGUUCGAGUCCAGGAUAUUGAGCCGGCAAGGCCAAUACCCUGUGUUCGAGUCGAGGUUUCAGCCACCGCCACUAAUUAAAGCAGGUGCUCGAGUGCAAGCAAGUGUUACGAUUUGAACACAGCCUUUAUCGUCAUUGUCGUUAUCAUCAAUCACCAGCCACGAUCUAUCCACUGCUGGAUGAAGGCCUCCCCAAUUUAUCACGAUCUCACACAGUUCUGCAAUGUAACCAUCGAGUCCAGUAGCUGCACACAAAAUAUAUUUUUUAAUUAUCACUCCAUCUCCGCGCGGCCCUGCUCUUGUGCAGGUUACCUUCGUUGGUUGCCAUUCCGAAUUUGAUCUUGACCGCCACCAGCAAUCGUCUCUUUCAGCGACGACGACCACUCGCGUUAGUCCACAUUGAUUAUAACCUUUUUUUUACUCACUAUGAAACUAUUUUUUUCUUCACCAGGUAAGGCCCUACUGAGCGACGUAGCUCUUUUCCAGAAGCAAACUGAUCAUCACAAACGACAGCCCAUCGACGUGGAUUACAAUGUGGACAUUUAUAGUAGCAGCCAAAUACUCUGAGCACAGGUUUCUACAUCGAGCACUCGCUUUUGUGUUUUCGCAUCCAUGCCGUUCCUCGUUCUGUCUCUCGGUGCAACUCCAAUCGUGACCUUUUUCAGGGGUUCUUAUAAUCUUAUACUACUCGCCGAUUAGCACGGUCGGCUAGGCACACGGUGCAAGAGAAGUUCAACGUUCAGUUGGCACCGAGGUUAGACCUCUCAACUCACGACCGCGGGUUCUGGCCGCCUGCUAACAGAAUGUGGAAUCUGCACCGCUGCUUCGGGGCCACCAACCGAGGGGAUCUCUAUCCAAUGCUGACGGGGAGAGGCCGGUCCGUUCUGCUUGGUGCUGCUCAUUCAUUCAGCGAGCCAUAACAUCCACGGUGGCCACGUGUCGUACCCAUAGACCUCCGUUCAAAUUGGACAUUUGUGUAAAAAAAGAGCCACAUAGCUCCUCGGAUUCCUCCAGUCUAAAUAAAUAUUCUGAUUCUGAGACAGCAGGCAAUUUUAAACAAUAUGCCCCAUCGAUUGUAGUGAGCCACAAUUUGCACCCCAACUCACUCGCCCACUCACCCACCAACCAACUCACUCAAAGACAAAUAUCUCCCGUAUCGCCUAAAACAGACUGUUGGGGCAAGUGCUUUUAGCGAGCGCCUAUGAAGGCCGGAAUGGUACACAA